GGGUGGAAAGAGAGAGCAUAGUCAAUGCAGGAGGCCCAACUGCCAGUGUUGGGGAGUCACUUGCCAGAAGACCCGGGUCAGAAGUGGGCAGACUUCAGCUGAGGGUCACACAGUGACUCUGAGCUUGGAAUCGAACCCAGAGCGCUGCCUGUCUGGCCCUCUCCACACCAAUCCCAAGCCUCAGACAUUCCACCCCUGCUUUCUCGGACAGAAGCAUGAGUUACGUUAGGGGAAUUUCUGGGAACGUUUGUUUUUAUAGUGAUGAAAAAGUGAGUGUGUGCAUGGCAGUGUGGUUAUGAGCAUGUCCUAGCUCGACACCCCCACAGCCAUCCUUCUUUGAAAGCUCUGUCCACACACAUACACGAUCUACACACACACACACACACACACACACACACACACUCGGUACUUCAAGCUCCACAACUAGAUCAAAUGAUACCCACAGUGUGGAACAAUCAACAAGUAACAGAGCCCAGAGCUGACCUUGUAGUCAGAGUGCAGAGAUGGCGAAGUCAUUCAGCCAGUCAGGUGCUCAGAGAUACCGGCACACGACGUGGAAUCCAUGCAAUACAGUGACAACCAUCAGAGGCACAGCCAUAGAAUUCAGAGGCACAGCCUUGGCCCUGAACAUCUGGUCAUCACAGGUGCAGGCGAUGCUCCUACGCAUGCAAACAAAGCUCCACACCACAUACCCAAGCUUCCAGGUUUUCCAGUAACCACAGAAGCCACCACACUGGUGGGCACACAAAAAAACACCGACAUGCCUUGCUCAAUUUUAUCAUGUUCUUAAUCCACUUAGUCUACACGAAACAAAAAUCAGGUGGAGGAAAAUACUAGCUUUUCCCCCACCCCCGCCGCAAGUCUGGGCAGAGUGGAGAGGGCGGCCCCACCGGCGCAGGCGCAGGGCGGGCAGCGCCCCUCCCCGCAGGCCGCUGGAGGUUGGGGUGACAUUCCCGGAGGGGCUGCUGGGGCGGUGGCGGUUCCCGACAGGCACAGGAAGCCCACAGCUCAGCGUGAUGGAUUGACCUUCAGGCCUCCCCCUUCCUCUGGCACCCCCAUCUUCCUCAUUUCCCAAAUGACUGGCGUCAUUAUGGGGUGCUCUUAGGACAGAGGGGCAUAUGGGAGUCUCUCGAGUUCCAGUUGUGUGUAACAUAACCUUGAGUUAUAACUGUGCACCCAGAAGUGAACAAGCACAUCUGCAAUCACAUGCACAGCCCAGAGCCACUUUGGAGAGGCAGACGCAGCUAUGAGAAGGGCUACGUAUUCCCUGGGAGAAAUACACAGGGCUAUGCAGUUCCCCAGGCAUACAGGCAUUUAGCCAAACACUCGCCACCUAGAGGAAUGCAGAAACAGCGGAGAGCAGUGCGCAGGCGCACCCCCUCCCAUCCCCCAGUCCCAGGUUUCUAGGUCUGUACCUCCCAGGUUUCUAGGUCCCUCUCUUCAUGAACUCUCCUCAGUCUCUCUGGAGCUGAGGCUGAAAACAACAUCAUGUAGGUCUGGGUGUGGAUGCAAUGUAUACCCCCAGGCAGUUCAGUUCUCUGGACCCACUGAGGAGUCAGAGGUUGGAAUCUUGGUUUCUUCCUUCACUCACGUCACUGCAGCUAUCUCUGGACCUCAGUUUCUGAUCGGUUGAAAGGUUAUCAUCCGGUCCAAGCACACGGUAUGGGGUGGACUAUAAGGUAUCUGCUCUGCACACGCCAUCACCCACAUUCCAUGCAUCACGCACCAUCCGUCGGCCACGCCAGCGGGACACCCUCCAUGAAAUCCCAGAGUUUCCAACCCUGCAUGCUAAACCAGGUUCACACACUCCCUUACUGCAGAUGGGUGCCAAAACUGUGCUGACUCAAAAGUCAACGUCAUAGAGCUGGCACAAGAAGCAGGGUCAGUGAGGGGCUGUAAUGGGCUUUCCCUUUCUCCUCCAUCACUUCUCCUUUAGCUGGGCUACUGACCUCAGUCACUCUCACUCUUCUGCUUUCACAAUCAGCUGUGAUUUUUCUGGUUUCCUCCUACUGUCCCACCCCCUUCUGAGUGAUUUCUUCACUCUCAUUCCUGGGCAGGUCACUACCCUUUCAUGAGGCCCAUUUUCCUUAUCUGUGCAACAAGAUGAUGAACAGUCUCAUGGCAGGAAUGUCGUGAGGAAGACUUGUUAUUUUGGAGGGGGAAAUUCUUUACAAGUCACUGACACACAGGAAGCUUUAAUUCUCAAAAAAUGUUACCAGGAGUAACCCCUAAGCAUCCCAGGGUGUGGCCCCCAAACCGAAAGGAAAAAAAAAAACUGUUGCCGGUGGGCAGGAAUGUGGCCCAGUGGUAGAGCACACACCUUGCAUUUCUUGAGACCCUAGGAUCAAUCUUCAGUACCUUGUGGCCUCCAGAUACCACCACCACCACCAUCACUGCACCAACAAUGAUAACAAAGUGUUGGGUACCAUUAUUAUUGAUUUAACAUCCCUGCAUUAACCAACAUACAUUUUUAAUUUUUUUUUAAAUGUUUGUGUUUGGAUUGGUUUUUCUUUGAUUUUGAAUGCCUCUCGGAGAGCCCAGCAAGCUACUGAGAGUAUCCCACCCACACAGCAGAGCCUGGCAAGCUCCCCAUGGCAUAUUCGAUAUGCCAAAAAAGAGUAACAACAAGUCUCACAAUGGAGACGUUACUGGUGCCCGCUCGAGCAAAUCGAUGAACAAUGGUAUGACAGUGACAGUGAUACAGUGAUUUUAAAUGUGGGGGUUCACAAUACGAUUAACGACGGUUUCUCAGGGACAUAAUUUUAACCCUGUACCCAGUAGUCAGCAAGGUGGUCCUGAGAGAUAACCUAUACACUGCUGAUACCCAGCAAGCACUGCUAGUACUGGUGGUAGUUUUUGUAGUGUCGCCUUUGUUGAUUGGACUAGCCUGCCCAAUUAAUCAAGUUGGAUUAGCAGUGGAGGCAAGGAGACUGAGUAAGUGAACUUAACACGAAAACUUUGGGGCACAGUUAUAUAGUAAUCGCUCAGUAAGUGGCUGCUCUCAUCACCACCAUCUUCAUUAUUAUAGGUUUUCCUGAACUAAAGAAGGAUGUUAAUCACCCCUCAGAGUCUUUUUCCCAGGACCCCAGGGAAGAUUCAGAAAUUUCUGGAAGUUGGUGGGCAGGGAUUGCUUCACUCCCCUACCCUCCACCAAGGGCGUGGUAGGGUUGGUGGAGAAGAGACAAGGCAGGAUGAGAGGGGAUCAAUUUUCUCCUGACUCACUGGCUUCUUUUGCCACUGUUCAACACCCUCUCCCCAGUGCUCAGUAAUUCAACAGCAUGUGGAUCCUUCUGCCUAUGUUGAUGCUGACAUCAAUUAGUUUAAUUUCAAAUCCAGUGCAAUGCACUGGAACCCCGAGGGGAAUCCUCCGAUCCCUGUACACUUCAUAGUCCUCAUCUGUAGAAUGGGAAUAAUACUUGCACCUACUUCAGAGGUUAAAAGGAAUUAUACCAAUUAUACUAAAAGGAAUUAUACCAAUUGCCUGGUACUCAGUGGAUGCUACAUAAAUGCUGGUUAUUUUCCUGUUUUGUUUUGAGGGAUUGGGACCACACCCAGAGGUUUUUAGGGGCUAAUCUGGGCUCUGUGCUAAGGGUGGGGGUGUCACUCCAUGUGAUACUCAGGGGAACAUGCAUGCAAGGCAAGCACCUUAAUCUCUGUACUAUCCUUUCCAGCUCUUGCCUGUGUUUUACAUUUUUAAUUUAGCUAGUUGGUCACCUGUUACUUCCCUUUUGUUGUGGUGCCUGGGAGUUGCAUAAUUAGUUGUGGUGUGCCUGAAGUCACACACUUCAUGUGACCUGAGGGACCCCAAUGGCUAUGCUACUGGGAUCAUCAAACUUGGGGAUCACAGUCAGGGUGAGUUAGAUUCUCAAGUCUUCCCACCUACCAAGCAUGCAUUCUGCCACUGAGCCACAUGCCCUGGCGCCCCACCUGUGUUUGGAGGCAGGUCAUACCCCAGGCUCCGUCUGGACUCAGGCCACCUGAAUUCAAAUUCCAGCUCUGUCACUUAUUUAUGUAAGUCUGGAUAAGUCACAAAACUGCUCUGUGCCUCAGUUUCCCUACUUGGCAUUACCCCUCCAUUCACCUGCCUCGUCUCCUUCAGGACUUCUACGCAAUUGGUUUCCUCACGGUCUCCCCUAGCCUAACUCACAAAGUCAGAUCUACUAGGAGAGACAUUUUUGUGGUUUUGGGGGGUAUGCUUGGCCCAGAAGUAGAUGCACAGGAAAGGAACAGACACAUUCCAGACUCAAUCAUGGGGAGUUUGUGGGAUGGAUGCACGUUGGAUAGACUUUAGAGGGCAGCACCUGGGGAAUCCUGUCUGAGGGGCCUGACGCCAAGAAGGGGGAAGGGGGGGCAGGGCGAGGCCCUGGGGGAGGGAGCCCAGCAGCGCACCACUCCUUUAGGCUGGCCCGCCCCUUGGCCUCCUUGGUUGGUGGGCGGAUGAGUAAUGCAUCCAGGAAGCCUGGAGGCCUGUGGUUUCCGCACCUCCACCCUCCACCCCCGCCCCUCAAGUGGACAUUUAUCCUCCGCUGCUCAGACUCUGCCGCCAUCGCCAUCGCUGCAGACCGGCUGCCAGAGGAGAAAGCAGAGGUAGGUAGGGGCCUGGGUUGUCUGCAGGGCCUGAUGCUGGGCUGGCGCUUCUUUCGCGACAUCUGGCUGCCAGCCUGCCUAGUGCUCUGGUCAAGGCGAAGAGGGUGGGUGUCCAGAGCGGCUUCUCAAUCCUGACCCUCCAAACUCCUUCAAGCUCCAGAUAUGCAUCCCCAGCUCCCCCUAAUCCAGGAGCACCCCUAGCACAGAUACCUCCCAAGCAGCCAGCGCCUAUAAACUCCCUUGCUUCCUCCCUAAGUUCCCUCCCUCCAAACUGCUACAGCUCCCCAAACUUCCCUAGUCUCCAACAAUUCAGACUGCUACAUGCUCCAUCCCCUAAGCCUCAAAAUGUCCUCUGCUCCUAAAUUCCACCCCCCUAAAUGCCUAAACCCCCAAACUCCUUUACAAUUCCUCAACCUCUCUCAACUCUCCCACCUCCUGUGUCUUUUAAUAUGCAUUACCUCUGAACUCCCUACCUCCCUCAAACACCCCCAGCUGUUCAGACCCCAAAUUCCUCACCCCAAACCCUUCAUCCUGAUUUCCCCAGGCCCCAUAAACGCACAAAUUUCCUCCACUGUCACUGCACCCAAAUACCACAAUCACAUAAUCCCCCCAACUCUCCCAUUCCUCUAAAUUGCUCCAACUCAGCGAUUCCUAAAUUGUCUCAACUCCUGACCCAGACUGUCGUAGGAUUUGAGAUUUGAAGACAAAUCUCAAAAUCUCUUAAAAUCCCCAGCUUCCCAGUCAAUUCCAAAGGCCUGAUAUUCCUCUGAGCUGCUGGUGGGAAGGAAGGGGAUGGAUGGAGUGGUGUGGGAGAUACACCCCCAUCCUCAUCAGCUGGGCUGGGGGCUAUCUCUCCACCCCUGCAGAAUUUGCCAUGGCCCCCAUUGCACCGCUGGCCUCCACCAUCCUUCUGUUGAUGUGGCUGACUGCCCCCAGCAGGGCCUGUACCUGUGUCCCGCCUCAUCCACAGAUCUCCUUCUGUAAAGCUGACUUCGUCAUUAGGACCAAGUUCGUGGGACCCGGAGAGUUCAACCAGACUUCCUUAUACCGGCGUUAUGAGAUCAAGAUAACCAAGAUACUUAAAGGAUUGAACACCUCAGAAAAUGUCCAUGAUACUGAGUAUAUCUAUACCCCUGGCAUGGAGAGUGUCUGCGGCUACAUGCACCGGUCCAAGAACCGCAGCGAGGAGUUCAUUGUUGCUGGAAAACUGAGGGAUGGACACCUAUACAUCUCCACCUGCAGUUUUGUGGCUCCCUGGAACAGUCUGACCCCUGCUCAGCGCCAGGGUUUCAUCAAGACCUAUGCUGCCGGCUGUGAGGAAUGCACAGUGUUUCCCUGCUUGUCCGUCCCCUGCAAACUGCAGAACAACACUCACUGCUUGUGGACAGACAGUCUCUUCAGACGCUCAGAGAAAGGCUACCAGAGUCUCCAUCUUGCCUGCCUGCCACAGAAGUCUGGCAUGUGUGCCUGGCACUCCCUACGGUACCGGUACCGGCGGGCCUGAACCUCUGGCCCCAGCCCCCAUGGAAGUUGAAACCGGCACAGUAUUCGCCUCCUUUCCCACACCCACUCUUUUGUCUCUCAAUAAAAUAAAGAACUACUAGCCGGCAGGCAGUGUCCCUGUGUCAUUUCGGAAACCAGCCUGGGUCACUGGAGACCUGAUGGGAACAGCUGGGGAGAUACGGAGCAAAAUGGGGGGCUUUUCAUGUUUGACCUAAAACAUGAGGUAUGGGUAAGGCAUUGCUACACUGGGAUUUGCACUGGUGAGAUGCAGUAUUGGUCAUGAUCGUUGCCACCCCCACUCCCUUUCCUUGGUGGUGGUUGUCCCAAUAACCAGGGGAUCACACACUUGGUUGUGGUGCUAGUACGCUUCCGUUGUAGGACUCACCAGGGUUCAUACACUUUAGUCGGGCUGCAGGGUCCCAAACAGCAGUGCUGCCAGACUCACACUUGACAUGCAGGAUGGUGCUGGGGAUGAAACUUGUGGCUUCAUGGCUGCAAGGCAGUUGCUCUACCACUGAGCUAGCCCUAGGCCCUGAUGAUGGGGUCAUUUCAUUUGCAUUAUAGUCAUAACCUAUUGCAUAAUCUCUCUACUAAGUACAUUCUAGUAUUUUACUAGACUAAUUCCUAUUUGCACAGAGCUCUCCGAAUCAUAAUUGAUCCUACUCCGACAAAUCUCUCCCUCACUGGCAAAUCUCCCUUUCACCAUUCCCUCCAUUUGACAAGCCUGCUAACAAAUGACCGAUCAUUUGUACUAGGAAACAGCAAUUUUCUUCACCUCAAGCAUUGCCUGAUAUUGCCCAGAGAGGAUGUUCUGGUCCCGCUAAACCUCACCCCGCUAAACCUCUAGGUGUUUUGAUACGAAUAGAUACCUAGCUGUGGUGCUCACACAGUUCUGGUACUUGACAGUGCUGACAACUCAAGUUGUGGAGCUCACACACUUGGACGCUGUCCUCACAGUCUAAGGUUGGAUCAGGGGAAGAAAGGGGAACCAUUCCUUUAUUGCUUUUUUGGGGGGGGGUUGGGGGCACACCCAGCUGUGCUCAGCACUUACUCCUGGCUUUGUGCUCAGGGAUAAUUCCUGUCAAAGCUUUCAGGGGACCAUACAGGGCACCAGGGAUUGAGACUAGGUUGAGACUAAGUUGAGCAGGUAGAGCACAAGGCAAGUGCUCUACCUGCUGUAUAUCUGGCCCCCUUUAAUGGCAGUGCUUGUACAUAUGCUCGCUGACAUCUGCUCUUUGCAGUUGUGGUCCUUACACAGGUGCCUCCAAAGGUUCCUGGCUGUGAUGCUCACACACAUUUUGUGUUUUUAUGCCUGCAGGGUCUGUGGUGUAAGUAUGCACCCUUUCAUUAUGAUGUUUGCAUAUACGUGGAUGAUGUGUGCUAGGAAAUCACUGUGCUGGGCAUCGCAGACAGCACAGCUGCCAGGAAAAACCACAGUGCUGCCAGGAUCAUGCUGGGUGCAUGGAGUGGCAAUGGGAAACGAAACCUGUGACCUUAUACUUUUAUAAGUACCUUAUGGCAGGUACGUUAUCACUUCUGUUUUCUAUGGCUAUGAGGACAGAAGAAGACUAUGGUAUGAAAGGACAAAAGAUGAUGAGCCCAGGGUCCCUGAUGCCAAUGUUCCCAUCACUAGCUAUUAGAACUAUAUAGCUUUUUCACAAAGCUUCAAUUGGUGACCCAUAUGAAUA